AUGAAGCCCCCCCAACCACUGGGGACCCUGCUGCGGGCUCUGGGCCGCCGCGAUGGCAGCGACACGCCCCCCACCCCCCCCCACAGCUUCCGGGAGAAGGCGCCGCGGAGGGGGGGGCCCUGCGGGGUCUGCGCGGAGCCGCUGGGGCCGCAGGGGCUGAGCUGCAGAGUCUGCAAGCUGAGCUGCCACAAGCGAUGCGAGGGGAAGGUGACGUCACCGUGUCAGGCCCCGCCCCCUCCCGAGCAGCGCAGAAGCACCGCCCCCACCCGGCGCAGCGAGCACGCGGGCUCCACCAAGUCCCUGAGCAUCGCCCCACAGAGAAACACCCUGCCCAGGCCGCUGUCCCUGGAGCGCUGCCUGGUGCCGGUGCCGGUGCCGGAUCCGGAGCUGGACCCGGAGCUGGAGCUGAGCUACGCGAGCGAGCGCAUCCUGAGCCUGCGCUUCCCACCUGGGCUGCGGGAGCUCCGGCACCGGCAGCACCUGCGGCUGCUGGCGCGGCUGCUGCAGGCACGGCACCGCCAGCACUACAUGAUCUUCAACCUCUCCGAGAAGCGCCGGGACCUGGCGCGCCUGAACCCCAGAGUGCAGGACUUUGGGUGGCCGGACCCGCUCGCCCCCCCCCUGGACAAGCUCUGCUGCGUCUGCAAAGCCCUGGAGGGGUGGCUGAGGGGGCAGCCCCAGCGCCUGGCAGUGCUGCACUGCAAGGGCAGUAAAGGGAAGGCGGGCGUCAUUGUGGCAGCCUACAUGCACUACAGCCAGGUGACUGCCAGUGCUGAGCAGGCGCUGAGCACCCUGAGCAUGAGGAAGUUCUGUGAGGAGAAGGUGGCAAUGGAGCCAUCGCAGCGCAGGGCCGUGGAGCUCUUUGGGGCGCUGCUCUCGGGGCGGCAGCGGCUCAGCAGCAGCCCCGUGUUCCUGCAGCACGUGCUGCUGCCCCCCCUGCCCCGCUAUGGCACGCACGGCUGUCAGCCCUUCCUGAAGAUCUACCAGGCCCUGCAGCUUGUCUACACCUCGGGUGUCUACUCCCCAGGCCCCCACAGUCUCUGCAUCAGCCUGGAGCCGGCGCUGCUGCUCAAGGGCGAUGUCCUGGUCACGUGUUACCACCGGCAUCCAGGGGGACGUGAGCCCGUGUUCCGGGCCCAAUUCCAUACGGGAACACUGCGGGGGGGGCGGCUGCGGCUGCCCCGGGGAGAGCUGGACCUGGCCUGGGAAGACGAGCGCUUCCCCCCUGAGGGCAGCGUCGAGUUCGUGUUCUCCUCCGGCCCCGAGAGGAUCCAAGGUUGGGACCCCCCCGGCGCCCCCCCCGCCCCCGUGGAUUACGGGGUCCUGGACCCUGCCGUGCGCAGGGACUCGUACGAGGGCUUCGACCUGAGGCACCAGGACAGCCUGGAGGAGCUCCCAUUGGAUUCCAGCCCCUACCAGGGGGGCCAGCGGCACCCCUGGAGCCCCGGGGGGGGCCCCCCGAGCCCGGACCCCCCCAGCCCGGAGCCCCCUCCCGGCCGCCCCCCCCCCCCCCACCGCGGCCGAGCGCCAGGAGCUGGAGCGGCUGCUGGGGGGCUGGCGGCCGAUGGGGGGGGGCCGGGGGGGGGCGGGGACCCCCCCGGGGCCGGAGCCCCCCCCGCGGGCGGCUCCUUCGUGCAGGACACCAGCAAGUUCUGGUUCAAACCGGGGCUGAGCAGGGACAGAGCGGUGGCGCUGCUCCAGAACGAGGCUCCCGGCUCCUUCCUCAUCCGCCAGAGCAGCAGCUUCCGGGGUGCCUUCGGGCUCGCGCUGAGGGUGGGGGAGCCCCCCCCGCGCUGCCCCCCCGGCAGGGGGGACCCCCAGGAGCAGCUGGUUCGGCACUUCCUGAUCGAGACCGGACCGCGGGGGGUCAAGAUCAAGGGGAGCCCCCAGGAGCCCCACUUCGGCAGCCUCCCCGCUCUGGUCCUGCACCACUCCAUCAGCCCCAUCUCCCUGCCCUGCGCCCUGCGCAUCCCAACCAAAGACCCACUGGAGGAGGCCCCCGAGGGGCCGGUGCCCCCCAACAUGAGCACGGCCGCGGAGCUGCUGCGCCAGGGGGCAGCCUGCCGCGUGCUCUACGUGGGCUCUGCGGGCACCGAGUCCCUGACGGGGCCGCCCGCGGUGGCCAAGGCCGCGGGUUCGAUCCUGGCCGACCCCGAGCGGGGCCCCCCCGGCCCCGUCCACUUCAAGGUGACCGCGCAGGGGAUCACGCUCACGGACACCGAGCGCAGGCUCUUCUUCCGCAGGCACUACCCCACCAGCAGCAUCACCCACUGCAGCACUGACCCACAGGACCGCAGAUGGGUGAAUCCGGAUGGAACCACCUCCAAGAUCUUUGGCUUCGUGGCUCGCCAAUGGGGGGGUCCGGGGGGGUCCAAUUCCUGCCACCUCUUUGCGGAGCUGGACCCGGAGCAACCAGCCGGAGCCAUCGUCACCUUCAUCACCAAGGUGCUGCUGGGCACCCGCCGCCAAUGAGGCCCCCCCAGUACCAAGGUUUGGGGGGGGGGUCCCCAAUAAAGCCAAGCCUGUAUUUGUU